CGGGGCGGCUCGCUGGAGGGGUCACAGUCGGUCGCCAGUCUCGUCGGUUGUAGGUAGGCUACUCACCGGUCGUGCUAACAGACGAAGCUAUGAACAGAGGCGGCGGAUUGGGCUUUCUGCUCGUUGCAGUGGUGGUUGCAGCUGUGGUUCAAAUUGGAACAGGUUCUGUUGUGGAGGACCAGUUCUCGCGUCUCCUGGGAGGCAGAUGUGUACCGUCUGAUAUCGUCUCUCUCACCAGCCUCGACUGUCACGAUCAUAAUGAUCACACUGCCGAACUCCUCUGUAUCGCCUCAAGUUACGAAAUAUCCAGUGAUCAAGGCUACGACCAAGCUGCUGGCGAGACCUACGUUGACAAGCUGAGCAAGGAUAAAGAAUGGACGACGAGACAGAAGGGCAGUCUGACCAGGUGCUACUCGAUGGUUCUGGACCAGGUGCCGGCGGACAAGGAAGGGGCCUUCGUGCUGGCCUGCUGGCACCAGCUGCUUCUUUCUGAAUGUAACCGGAAGAACAUGACGACCUAUGUGGAGGUCGUUGACCCAGAGAAUGCCAAAGAACUUGUGGAAGCCGUCGCCGAUUUGGCUGAAGGGCCCUGCUUUAACGUUGGUCUCAAGUAUGCCGACGAAUUGGGGAUGAAAUGGGAAGUAUGUGCGAGAGACAAGAAACUGGACAUGUCUUUCCUACAGGGCGCAGCGCACUAUUACAUGCUCUUCAGUCAAGGCCAGGAGAUCCCCGAUGUCACCCUGGAGAACAACAGGAAGACCAUGGAGCAGCUGGAUAGGCUGAACGAAACGUCCCUCUGCUACGCCGAAGCUACAGGAGAGGUCCAACCCAACGGAGAGAUCAACUAUGAUCUGAUCAACGAGGCAACCCGAAACGCCAUCGGUCCGGAACGAUUCAAAGUCGUCGACAGGGCCUUUGUCGACUUCUGCCGGGAAGGAAAUCCUGGCAGCAUUGCCGAGUACUACGCCUGUUUCAAUAGGGAGAAGCCUUUCGCCUGUGCUGUCCUCAAGUCGUAUGAUAUCGCUCUUGGUCGUCAGACGCCGAACGGAGCCUCAAUCAUCACGACGACGGUCGCCCCAGCCACUGCAGGCUUCAUCGCCAGUCUGCUCGGCAGCAUUUUUUGAAUGUAAAUGUCAUCGUUGAACAGUAUUUGUGAACGACAUGAGGAGAAAGUAUGCAGAGAUGUCGAAUGGCAUCUGGCAAUGAUUCUAACCAGGCGAAGUAACUUGUCAAUGCACUGACAAGUACAAGACAAGUUACCGAACCACUGCAGUGGUUUGGUUUUCUGAACAUUUUCUGCUUAUCAGUAUUUGAAAGUAUUACUGCCCCUUUUGGGUUCAAUACCGUGAAGGCCGAGUGGACGAUAAGAUCCUUUGAUGUUGAUCUUCAUCGUUACAUCCUGGUAUCAUUGGACGCGUUCUUGUUACUCCCGAUACAGCCUACACUGGUUGUAACUUUUCUGAUAGUAUUUUUGGGUGCUGUCAGCUGUGAUAUUGUGAAAAGCUUCUAACAGGUGUUUCGUGGUGUUUCUAUUGACUGUAGUGUACGGAAAUAAGAGGCCUCUUUA